AAGGAUAUGCAUUUGGGAAUGUUCUUAAUAGCUGCUAAUUUAAACGCAGGAAAUUCAUUUCUGAGGAAACCGAUAUCCGCAUUUGGAUAAACUGAACGAGACUUGUUCAGCGCAACUACAUCCACUGGUGAUGCCGGAGGUCACGUCCACCAGAAGUGAUAGGCUAACAUCCAAAGGCAUUAUGUUUUUAUGCAACACCACAGCCAUCAAGGACUGGAGCUAUUUCCUUUCUCAAAUCUUACCUCUUGUGAAUAAAUCGGCGGGAUUUGUUCAUCAGAGUAUGGAUCGGGUGGAGGCGGUGACGAGCACCAUGGUGACGGCUCUGGAGCCUGACCUGAGCGGCAUGAGCGCCAGUCACCCGCCGCUCAACUCCAACCACACGUCCGGUUUGGAGCACGUCUUUCAGUACUCGUACUCCGAGAGCGACCAGGAGUACACGGACGACAAGACGCCGCCGAGGGACUCGAUACUGCUGCCCAAGGCGGUGCUGUACCUGGUCAUGGCGGCGCUUGUGGUGGUGGCUGUGGCUUACGCUAUAGUGGGGCACCUGUUGAAGGAUCUCGUGCAUGAGUUCGCGGAGUGGGUGUUUGGGCCCCGUUCAGACAACCGAAGGAGCAAGAGUGAGGUGAACUGCAUCAGCAGCAGCAUGAAUGAAAUGAGGGAACUCUCACAUCCAGUGGACAUGCGCUGCAUUGCGUACAAUCACUCCGACUGCCAAAGCGCCAUUAAGCCUGAAGAACUGGUGGUCACCAUCGAUGAGACCUCGCAGCUGCCUUGUGAAGCUUCCAGUGGGACCUAACUGAGAACAAACCACCUCCAUUUGAUACACCCUUUAUUAUGAGGAGAAAAGCAUGUUUGCAUCUGUGAUGUUGAAAGCUGGCACUUAGAAGUCACAUGGCAGAAGUCUUGUCCUAGGAUGAGGAAAACUGAAGAGUCUGGGAGACUUUAGAAGGACAGGAAUCACUAAAGUAAAUUAAAUGUUCCGUAUUGGAUUGCUGUGAGACAUUUUAUAUUUUCAAAUCGAAUAGAGAAAGAGGAAAGACACUCCUUUAUCAUUCACAUCAGUCUUAUCACACAAUAUUUUGGUUUAUUUUGUUUUGUUUUGUGGCGUCAUCCACUGUUAAUCUAGAAUAGUGUUCUGCUGUUAUACAUUUCCUCUGCUACCUACAAGCUGCUAUGGUUUUAUUUUCCCACUUUUUGCAAAUAUUUAUGGGUGAGUAUUUAAAGUAUUUGCAAAUACUCAUAUUUUGCUCACUAUCAGGUUUUCUGCAUUCAACUAUGCUGCUUGAAAACAGAGAUCUUCUCCCUACAGGUUACUUGAAAAGUCAAGUAAUGAAGAUGGUUUGAAUAUACAGCCCUUGAUGAAAACAAAUAUCAGUAUUUAAUCCACAAUGGCUAAACAAAACUACCAAUGUGUUUUAUUUUCAUCUAAGGCAGUGUUACCAAAAAUAUGUUUUAUAAUGGAGAAAUACACUGAACUUCUCGCUGAAAAUAUAUAUUUAAAUGAUAGAAAACAGCAGUUAAUAGACUUUUGAUAAUAUAUUUGAUUUAUAUGUUGGGCGAUUAUCUAAAAAGAUUAAUAUCUAUGUACUUCACAACUAAGGGCUAUAAU